GUGAGAACUAAGAGAUUAUGAGGCAUCAGCCCCACAUUCAGCUCAGGUGCAUCCUCCCACACAGAGUGUGAGUGUGUGUGUGUGCAGUGCAUUGUUCUGCAGGGUCACUCUAUGUGAGUGCAGUCCGGUGUAGCCGGGUGCAGCAGCAGCGGUCAGGUCUCUUUAGGAGGGGCCCCAGUGUGGAGGAGGCAGCAGCAGCAGCAGCGCUGUGCCUGUGCUGCAUACCAAAGCCCCAAAUACAUGCCUGCAGUUCAGCUGUGUGGAGCUGCUGGUCUCAUACAGGGUCGCCUCAUCAUCAGGGGGGAUAUCGGGACUGCGUGGUGAACAGGAUCGGACUACUGCUUCGCUGAAUAACGUUACACCAGGUGGCCACGUCGCUCUGGUAAACCCCAGGUAAGAUGUCUCAUCGGAGUGGGCAAGAGGACCCGGAGCGGUACCUGUUUGUGGACCGCGCUGUCGUUUACAACCCGGCGGCGCAGGCCGACUGGACGGCCAAGAAGCUGGUGUGGGUCCCCUCGGAGCGCCAUGGCUUUGAGGCAGCCAGCAUCCGGGAGGAGCGUGGCGAGGAGGUGCAGGUGGAGCUGGCGGAGAACGGCAAGAAGGUGAUGAUCAACAAGGACGACGUCCAGAAGAUGAACCCGCCCAAGUUCAGCAAGGUGGAGGACAUGGCCGAGCUCACCUGCCUGAACGAAGCCUCCGUCCUGCACAACCUGAAGGACCGGUACUACUCGGGACUCAUAUACACAUACUCCGGUCUGUUCUGCGUGGUCAUCAACCCGUACAAGAACCUUCCCAUCUACUCCGAGAACAUCAUCGAGAUGUACAGAGGGAAGAAGAGACACGAGAUGCCUCCACACAUCUACGCCAUCUCUGAAGCUGCGUACCGCUGCAUGCUCCAAGAUCGAGAGGACCAAUCCAUCCUUUGCACGGGUGAAUCAGGAGCCGGCAAGACGGAGAACACGAAGAAAGUCAUCCAGUACCUGGCCCACGUUGCCUCCUCGCACAAAGGACGCAAAGACCACAACAUUCCUCCCGAAUCUCCCAAAGCGUUCAAGCUACAGGGCGAGCUGGAACGCCAGCUCCUCCAAGCCAACCCGAUCCUCGAGUCCUUUGGCAACGCCAAGACGGUGAAAAAUGACAACUCGUCUCGCUUUGGGAAGUUCAUCAGAAUCAACUUUGACGUCGCAGGCUACAUCGUCGGGGCCAAUAUUGAGACUUACCUCCUGGAGAAGUCGAGGGCCAUCAGGCAGGCCAAGGAUGAGAGGACCUUCCACAUUUUCUACCGGCUGCUGGCAGGAGCCGGAGAACAUCUCAGAACCGACCUGCUCCUCGAAGGAUUCAACAACUACCGCUUCCUGUCAAACGGUAACCUCCCCAUCCCCGGGCAGCAGGACAAGGACAACUUCCAGGAGACGCUGGACGCCAUGCACAUCAUGAGCUUCAACCACGAAGAGAUCGUCUGCAUGCUGAAGGUGGUGUCUGCGGUGCUGCAGUUUGGAAACAUCAUCUUUAAGAAGGAGAGGAACACGGAUCAGGCCUCCAUGCCUGAGAACACAGUUGCACAGAAGCUCUGCCACCUGCUCGGGAUGAACGUCAUGGAGUUCACCAGAGCCAUUCUGACCCCCAGGAUCAAAGUGGGACGAGACUACGUUCAGAAGGCUCAGACCAAAGAGCAGGCUGAUUUUGCCGUUGAAGCUCUGGCGAAGGCGACGUAUGAGCGUCUGUUCCGCUGGCUGGUCCAUCGAAUCAACAAAGCUCUGGACCGGACCAAACGACAGGGGGCGUCUUUCAUCGGCAUCCUGGACAUCGCUGGAUUUGAGAUCUUUGAGCUGAACUCCUUCGAGCAGCUCUGCAUCAACUACACCAACGAGAAGCUGCAGCAGCUCUUCAACCACACCAUGUUCAUCCUGGAGCAGGAGGAGUACCAGAGGGAGGGCAUCGAGUGGAGCUUCAUCGACUUCGGCCUGGACCUGCAGCCAUGCAUCGACCUCAUCGAGAGGCCGAAUAACCCUCCUGGUAUCCUGGCCCUGCUGGAUGAGGAGUGCUGGUUCCCCAAAGCCACCGACAGGACGUUCAUAGACAAGGUGCUGCAGGAGCAGGGCACACACACCAAGUUCCAGAAGCCUAGACAGCUCAAGGACAAAGCCGACUUCUGCAUCAUCCACUACGCUGGCAAGGUGGAUUAUAAAGCUGAUGAGUGGCUCAUGAAGAACAUGGAUCCUCUCAACGACAACGUGGCCACGCUGCUGCACCAGUCCACCGACAAGUUUGUGGCUGAGCUCUGGAAAGACGUGGACAGAAUCGUCGGUCUGGACCAGGUAGCGGGUAUGAACGAGACCGCGUUCGGAGCCGCCUACAAGACCAAGAAGGGCAUGUUCCGCACGGUGGGUCAGCUCUACAAGGAGCAGCUGUCCAAGCUGAUGGCGACGCUGAGGAACACCAACCCCAACUUUGUGCGCUGCAUCAUCCCCAACCACGAGAAGAGGGCGGGUAAACUGGACCCUCACCUGGUGCUGGACCAGCUGAGGUGUAACGGAGUCCUGGAGGGGAUCCGCAUCUGUCGGCAGGGCUUCCCAAACCGCAUCGUCUUCCAGGAGUUCAGACAGAGGUACGAGAUCCUCACACCCAACGCCAUUCCUAAGGGCUUCAUGGAUGGAAAACAGGCCUGUGAGAGGAUGAUUCAGGCCCUGGAGCUGGACGGGAACCUGUUCCGGAUCGGUCAGAGUAAGAUCUUCUUCAGGGCCGGAGUCCUGGCUCACCUGGAGGAGGAGAGAGACCUGAAGAUCACCGACAUCAUCAUUUACUUCCAGGCCGUCUGUCGAGGAUAUCUGGCUCGGAAGGCCUUCGCUAAGAAGCAGCAGCAGCUCAGCGCCCUGAAGGUUCUCCAGAGGAACUGCGCCGCCUACCUGAAGCUGCGUCACUGGCAGUGGUGGAGACUCUUCACAAAGGUGAAGCCUCUGCUGCAGGUCACCAGGCAGGAGGAGGAGAUGCAGGCGAAAGAUGAGGAGCUGGUGAAGGUGAAGGAGAAGCAGACGAAGGUGGAGGGAGAGCUGGUGGAGAUGGAGAGGAAACACCAGCAGCUGAUGGAGGAGAAGAACAUCCUGGCAGAGCAGCUGCAGGCGGAGACAGAGCUGUUUGCAGAGGCCGAGGAGAUGAGAGCUCGCCUGGCGUCCAAGAAACAGGAGCUGGAGGAGAUCCUUCAUGACCUGGAGUCCAGACUGGAGGAGGAAGAGGAGAGGAACCAGGGUAUGCAGAACGAGAAGAAGAAGAUGCAGUCUCAUAUCCAGGACCUGGAGGAGCAGCUGGAUGAGGAGGAAGCCGGCAGGCAGAAGCUGCAGCUGGAGAAGGUGACCGCUGAGGCCAAGAUGAAGAAGUUUGAAGAGGACAUUCUGCUGCUGGAAGACCAGAACUCCAAAUCCACCAAGGAGAAGAAGCUGAUGGAGGACCGAAUCAACGAGAUGUCCUCGCUGCUCGCUGAAGAAGAAGAAAAAGCCAAGAACCUGAGCAAAGUGAGGAACAAGCAGGAGAUGAUGAUGGUCGACCUGGAGGAGCGGCUGAAGAAGGAGGAGAAGACCCGUCAGGAGCUGGAGAAGGCGAAGAGGAAGCUGGACGGGGAGACGUCGGACUUACAGGACCAGAUCUCUGAGCUGCAGACUCAGAUCGAGGAGCAGAAAGUUCAGAUGGGGAAGAAGGAGGACGAGCAGCAGAUGAUGCAGGCGAGGGGCGAGGACGAGGUGAGCCAGAAGAACAACGCUCUGAAGCAGGUGAGGGAGCUGCAGGCUCAGCUGGGCGAGCUGCAGGAGGACCUGGACUCUGAGAAGGUGGCCAGGAACAAGGCAGAGAAACUCAAGAGGGACCUGAGCGAGGAGCUGGAGGCUCUGAAGACCGAGCUGGAGGACACGCUGGAUACGACCGCGGCCCAGCAGGAGCUCAGGACGAAGCGUGAGCAGGAGGUCACAGAGCUGAAGAAGACCAUAGAUGACGAGACCAAGAACCACGAGGCUCAGAUCCAGGAGAUGAGACAGAGACACGGGACGGCCCUGGAGGAGCUGUCAGAGCAGCUGGAGCAGGCCAAGAGGUUCAAGGCCAACCUGGAGAAGACCAAGCAGAGCCAGGAGAGCGCCAACAAGGAGCUGGCCUGCGAGGUGAAGGGUCUGCAGCAGGCCAAGACCGAGUCCGAGCACAAGAGGAAGAAGGUGGAGUCUCAGCUGCAGGAGUUCAUGGCCCGGGUCACCGAGGCCGAGAGGGCCAAGGGCGAGCUGGCCGAGCGCACGCACAAACUGCAGGCGGAGCUGGACAGCGUGUCGGCCGUGUUGGAGGACGCAGAGAGGAAGGGGAUCAAGCUCGCCAAAGAUGUCACCGGACUGGAGAGCCAGCUGCAGGACUCUCAGGAGCUGCUCCAGGAGGAGACUCGGCAGAAACUCAACCUCAGCAGUCGAAUCCGUCAGCUGGAGGACGAGAAGAACGCUGUGCAGGAGCAGCAGGAGGAGGACGAGGAGGCGCGCAAGAAUCUGGAGAAGCAGAUGCUGAUGCUUCAGGCUCAGCUCUCUGACAGUAAGAAGAAGCUGGAGGACGAUGUGGGAACCAUCGAGGGUCUGGAGGAGACCAAGAAGAAGCUGCAGAAGGACAUGGAGCUGGCCAGCCAGCGUCUGGAGGAGAAGACCAUCGGCUUUGAAAAGAUGGAGAAGACGAAGACGCGUCUGCAGCAGGAGCUGGACGACCUGACUGUAGACCUGGACCACCAGAGACAGAUCGUCUCCAGCCUGGAGAAGAAGCAGAAGAAGUUCGACCAGAUGCUCGCUGAGGAGAAGAGCAUCUCCUCUCGCUACGCUGAGGAGCGGGACCGAGCCGAAGCCGAGGCCAGAGAGAAGGAGACCAAAGCUCUGUCCAUGACCAGAGCUCUGGACGAGGCGCUGGAGGCCAAAGAGGAGCUGGAGAGGGUCAACAAGCAGCUCCGAGCUGAGAUGGAAGAUCUGAUGAGCUCCAAGGACGACGUGGGGAAGAACGUCCACGAGCUGGAGAAGUCCAAGCGCACUCUGGAGCAGCAGCUGGAGGAGAUGAAGACUCAGCUGGAGGAGCUGGAGGACGAGCUGCAGGCCACCGAGGACGCCAAGCUGCGUCUGGAGGUCAACAUGCAGGCCAUGAAGGCUCAGUACGAGAGAGACCUGCAGGGCCGCGACGACCAGAGCGACGAGAAGAAGAGGGCGCUCGUCAAACAGGUGAGAGAGAUGGAGGCCGAGCUGGAGGACGAGAGGAAGCAGAGAGCUCUCGCCGUGGCGGCGAAGAAGAAGCUGGAGAUGGACCUGAAGGACAUCGAGGGUCACAUCGAGGGCGCCAACAAGGCUCGAGACGAAGCCAUCAAACAGCUGCGCAAGCUCCAGGCCCAGACGAAGGACUACCAGCGGGAGCUGGAGGACGCACGAGCCUCCAGAGACGACAUAUUCGCCUUAUCCAAGGAGAACGAGAAGAAACUGAAGAGUCUGGAGGCGGAGAUAGUCCAGCUCCAUGAGGACCUGGCGGCUUCAGAGAGAGGCCGGCGUCACGCGGAGCAGGAGCGCGACGAGCUGCAGGAUGAAAUCUCAAACAGCACGUCUGGAAAGUCGGCUCUGAUGGACGAGAAGAGGAGGCUGGAGGCUCGCAUCGCUCAGCUGGAGGAGGAGCUGGAGGAGGAGCAGGGAAACAUGGAGCUGCUCAACGACCGCUUCAGGAAGACGACCAUGCAGGUGGACUCUCUGAGCACGGAGCUGAGUGCGGAGCGCAGCACGGCCCAGAAGAGCGAGAACGCUCGCCAGCAGCUGGAGCGUCAGAACAAGGAGCUGAGGGCCAAACUGGGCGAGCUGGAGGGGUCCGUGAAGAGCCGCUUCAAGGCCUCCAUCACCGCGCUGGAGGCCAAGAUCGCACAGCUGGAGGAGCAGCUGGAGCAGGAGGCCAAGGAGCGAGCUGCAGCCAACAAGAUGGUGAGGAGGACCGAGAAGAAGCUGAAGGAGAUCUGCAUGCAGGUGGAGGAUGAGCGCCGCCACGCCGACCAGUUUAAAGAGCAGGUGGAGAAGGGGAACUCCCGCAUGAAGCAGCUGAAGCGUCAGCUGGAGGAGGCGGAGGAGGAGGCGACGAGGUCCAACGCCUCGCGCAGGAAACUGCAGAGAGAGCUGGACGACGCCACCGAGGCCAGCGAGGGUCUGAGCCGCGAGGUCCACACACUCAAGAACCGCCUCAGGCGAGGCGGCCCCAUCAGCUUCUCCUCCAGCCGCUCGGGCAGACGUCAGCUGCAGGUGGAGGGCUCGUCGUCUCUGGACCUCCUCUCCGACGACGAGCUGGAAAACAAGAUCACGGACAACAACGCCAACGAGACGCCGGCUACGCAACCGCAGCAGGAGUAGAAGAAGAAAUGGCCUUAACUCUCUCGUAUCAGCCCGAACAGACACACUUAGCUUCCCUCUCUUCCAGCUUUGAUCGAGCAAAUUUACACGGCGGCCCUUUUCCUCUGACGUGAGCUCAGUUUGGGUUUCAGCUGUUUUAAAACCUGACUCCUACUUUAAAGGUCACAGGUCAUCAAAAUGGACGACUCUUCCAGAUUAGUCCUCCCUAAAAAAGUGACUAAAUGCUAAAACAAACAUUUCAUCAUGUUGAAAAACAUCUCUUCAGCGUUACUUUCCCAACCUGAGCUUAAAGUCUAUGAAAAACGGCCUGAACCGAUGAGUCCUCUCCAAAAACGCAGCAUGUUCAAAAAUCAGGAACCUCUAAACCUCCUGACCUUUAAUCUCCCCAGCAGACACCAGCAGUUGGACCCCCCCCCCAACACCCGCCCCAGUUACUAUGCCUUACCCCUCUCUUUACAGCUGCAGGAAAGACGAGCUCGUCUUUUAAAAAUGCACAAAAACUGCACCCGUGGAGAGAGGACAUGUAGAAACAAACAUCCCUUCAUGCACACGUUAGAAUAUCUGAUGCCUCAGAGAGUUUCUGAUGGUUGUUGUGUUUCGUUGGACCAGAAUGCUUCCAGAUGCUAAAGUAACAGCAUUGCAAUAUUUAAAAGGAGACGUCUGCAGAGACAGAGAGUCCAUCUUUGAGUAAGUUUAGUUUUAUUAGUUGAGAUGUAACUGAGUAGUAUUUUUUACGACCAUGUGCUCUGAUUGUUUGCUUGCUGAAAUAGAAAUGUGACUGUGAGCCGCCUCGCUGCCUCAGCGCCUAACAGUGUUCCUCUGGAGGCGUUCACACAGCGGCCGUGUUCCUCUGAGUCCGUGUCGGGGUGGGAAAUCAAACACAUACCGAUCCUUUCACUGCUCUCAGUGAAACAGCAGCUCUUUAAAACAUCACUUUUAACUCAUUAGGAAAAAAAACCUGCGUCACAACCAAGCAGCCGUGAGAAAUGAAGCCCAGGUGGCCUAGCGGUCUAAGAGCCCCACAUACAGAGGCUACAGUCCUCGUCGCAGGGGUCGCCGGUUUGAUUCCCAGCCGGUUAACCAUCCCCUGCAUGUCUUCCCCCGCUCUCUAUUCCCCACAUUUCCUGUCUCUCUUCAGCUGUCCUAUACAAUAAAGGGCAAAAAGGCCAAAAACAUAACAUCCAUCCAUUAUCUUGACCGCUAAUCCCGUUAGGGGUCACGGGGGGCUGGAGCAAAUCCCAGCUGGCUUUGGGCGGAUGGCAGGGUACACCCUUGACAGGUCACCAACCUAUCACAGGGCUAACACAGAAGGACAGACAACCAUUCACGCACACACUCACACCUACGGGCGAUUUAGAGUGAUCAAUCAACCUGGGGAGCAGGUUUUUGGACUGUGGGAGGAAGCCGGAGAGAGCCCACACAUGCAAACUCCACGCAGAAAGGCUCCUGCCCUGCCGGGGAUUCAAACCAUUAACCUUCUAGCUGUGAGGCAACAGCGCUACCCACUGCCCCAAAAAUAUAACUUAAAACAAAAAAAACAAACAAAACCUGCGUCACAACCAGCAGCGGUGAGAAAUGAAGCCGAUGUGGAAGUUUUAAAACUGCACUUCCUGGGGCGCUGGUGGUCUAGUGGUCCAAGCGCCCCACAUACAAAGGCUUCCCCCACUCUCUACUCCCCACAUUUCCUGUCUCUCUUCAGCUUUACUAUCAUAAAGACAAAAUACCCAAAAAUAUAACUUUAAAAAAACAAACAGGGGCGCUGGUGGCCUAGCGGUCUAAGCGACUCACGUAUCGAGGCUGCAGUCCUCGUCGCAGAGGUCACCGGUUCGACUCCCGCCCAGUCUACCAUUUGUUGCAUGUCUGCCUCAAUGUCUACUCCCCACAUUUCCUGUCUCUCUUCAGCUGUCCUAUCAUAAAGACAAAAAGACAAAAAAUAUAACUUUAAAAAAAAAAAAAAACUGCAGUUCCUCAAGUGUCCACUAGAGGCUGGCUCCAAAAGCUCAAGAAACCACAUACACACCCAUUCAAAGAAGACGAUCUUUACAGCAGAAAUAAACAUGUUUACAGCCUGGUUCAAAAAUCAGUGUAGGUCUGAAGAGCUCAUUUCUCUAUCAGCACACACUGAACGAGGUGAAUUAAUUUAACAUGUUGUUUUUUAAAAUAUUAAAGUUACACUAUUUGAAUAAUUAGGGGCGUGGCUAACUUGAUUCACCUGCUACACUGUAGCUGUUAGCAAAGACGGCUAAAGGCCCAAUUUAACUCCGCCUCUUUACCUCACACUAAAUCGACCAAAGUUAGGUGGAGUCAGCAUUUCCAAAAUGGCGACAUCCGACGAUACGCUUCAUCACGGAGACUACGUCCGUGUUUUAUAUAACGUCUGUGGUCAAACCAAUUUGGCCAAUGCAGAAGUGCUAAAAACUGCAGUUCCUCUAGUGUCCACUAGAGGCUGGCGCCAGAGGUACCGAAAACCACAUGCACACAAAUUCAAAGCCCGGCUCUUUACGUCACACUCUCUCGACAGCAGUUAGGUUGAGUUCAACAUUUCCAAUAUGGCUGCCGCCGACGAUCGGCCUCAAAACAGCGCUUCAGAAACAGAUGGGUGACGUCACAGAGACUACUUCCUGUAUUUAUUCAGUCUAAGGGUCAAACUUUAACCACAAAAAGCAGUAAUCUGACAAAAUGUCACGAACGUUUCUCCUUUUAGUCGCCGAGUAACACGGUAGCAGUAAAGAGGCGGGAGAAGAUAACGACAUGCUUUGACUGACUUUGAAACAGCCUCAUUAGAAGGUAAGCGUUUGACCUCCCACCCUCAUCGUGACCUCAGAGGACACAGCCCGCCGUUUGAACACGUUGUCGUGGUUCCUCUUUUCGCUCGACAGUAGGUCGGUGUUGACUUGUAAUUAUUCGGUGUGAGCGCUUAAACGCAGCCUUCCCACGCAUGUUUCUUUUUGCUUCCUCUUGUUCUUCUGUGCCUUUUUUCCUCUCAUAUGAAACUGAAACCACAUUUAUGCCACAUAUUCUGUUCACGUAUUGAACAACAAAGCCUAAUGUCAUGAAGGUAUUUUCAUAAGAUAUUCAUUAUUUUGCAUACAUCAUGAGAUACUAGUGGAUCACUAUGUGCUGCUGAAGCAGUGGUUGACAUGUCGAGCCGUUCAGGAGUGUUUGUAGACGGGUGCGAUGACUUUUCUUAUGGAUAACUUUUAUACUUUUUGAGUUCUUAAGAUUUAAAAACAAUCCAAUAGACAUCAACUGUAUUUAUAUCUCUGCUAUUGUAUACAGUACGAACUCCAGUCAUAUUUCAAAAUGCUCAGUAUUGCACAUUGACCGACUGUACCGAUGCUCUCUAUCAUGACAUGUACAGUUAAUGAGUUACUAGGAGCUAUAUAAUACAUUAAAGUCUAUUGAGCCCA